ACAACCCAUACAGGCUGGCUAAGCUCUCGCACGCUUUUGUUCAAUUAGUAAACUCAGUCUAUCUAGCGUAGCUAUCUGUAAUGUGAGAAAAUAGACAUCAGACAAUAAUAAUUUCGCUCUUCAUGUGGAUUUCUUUUGACGGCGUUUAUUUACUAAAUGCAUGUUGUGGUCAGCCUGUAGUGGCAUUUAGAAUGGAAAAUUAUCUACUUUGUAGUUAGCUAGUUUGUCAUAACGUGCGAAACUAAAACUGAAUAUAUGUGCAAGGUGUCGGACCAGGCAACUGAUAUUUUGGAAGGACAGAUUUGAUCCAAUUUUCAGACAAACUUUCACCAGGUUGAACUUUUGAAAAUCUUCUGUUACUCUUCACUAGACAGGUGUUAAACCUUUCGCGUUUGUGUGGAAUCUUUUUUUUUUUAAUUUUCCCUCAGCAGAAGUCUUAUGGAGAGGCUUUUCAAACUGGGUGUUUUUAUCCUCAAGCGACUCUGGAUAUACGUACUGUGAGAUCGUAUAGCCGCUUACCCCCAGAGGCCACGUUGAAUGUUGACUUUACAAGAAUAGUCAAAAACGCCUAACUUCACCAUUAUUUGAAUGCCUUUGCAAGGAUUUUGCUGGUUUCUGUGCUGCAGAAAGGGUUUCAAUUUACUCGGACGGGACUAUGGGGAGAAAGAGGAGGAAGAAUCUUUUGAGUUGCGCAACAAGGAGGAUCUGACUUGCAACGGACGGGGUCCACUUGAGGUUACUCUCUCUCAGCCACCUCGUACAGCCAAUGGGACCAAUGGACACAGCCUGUCCGAAGUUCCUGAUGAGAUGAAGAACCUGAUCAUAGAAAAGAGCAAGAUAAUGGGCCUGGAGGAAAACCCUGAGCUGCUCGUCCAAGGCUGGCUUUUUCGGGACGUGCAUGGAGGCUGGAUAAAGCAGCGGCGCUACUGGUUUGUCCUGAGCCAAGACUCUCUAGACUACUACAAUGGAUCAGAGAGAGGAGCUGUCAGGCUGGGGACCCUGGUGCUGACCAACCUCUGCUCUGUCGUCUGGCCUGACAAACACACCUACAAGGAGACUGGCUACUGGAGCGUCACAGUUCACGGUCGUAAACACUGCUACAGGCUGUUCACCCGGCACUUCAACGAGGCGGUGCACUGGGCCUGUGCCAUCCAGAAGGUCAUCGACACCAAGGACCCUGUGGAGACACCCACUCAGCUCCUAAUCCGAGACAUAGAGGAGAGCAAGUUCAACCCUGAGGUGAUAGAGCAUAUCUACCAGCACAACCCCAUCCUGAAGUACACCCAGAGCCCGCUGUACGCUCCCCUGCUGGCCUUCCCCUACGGCAGCCUGGAACACACUUUCCACAGUGGUAAGGGCUACGCCACGGUGAGGGAGGAGGCCGUCAAGCUCUUCAACUGUCUGCAACAGCUGGAGUCUGCCCGGGACCCGGUGGCUCUGAUCCAGGGCGUUCUGCAGACCUGUCUGGACCUGCGUCCGCUCCGGGACGAGGUGUACUGCCAGCUGGUGAAGCAGACCAGCUCCACACCGCAGCCACACACCGCCGCUCACCUCCGCUACUGGCAGACACUCACCUGUAUGAGCUGCACCUUCCUGCCCAGCCCCAGCAUACUGAAGUACCUGCGCUUCCACCUGAAGAGGAUCCAGAGUCAGUGUCCGGACUCGGAGAUGGAUAACUACGCAUCGUUUAUCUGGGAGGCUCUGGAGAAGACGCGGUGUCGGGAGUGUGUGCCGUCCUGGGAGGAGAUCCAGGUUCUGAUGGGGAGACAGGAGAUGCUGUGCACCGUCCAUUACCCGGGACCUGGUUCCUGUCAGCUCCACAUCAGCUCCCACACCACGGUCAACGAGGUGGUGAGGAGGAUGAUGGAGAGGUUGGGUCUAAAAGACAGCAAGAACACGUUUGCCCUGUUUGAGCAGAACACCCACUGGGAGAGACCUGUAGGGGGGAACACAAUCAUCGCUGACAUCCUCACCCGCUUUCAGAACCUCUCUGUCAAAGGGCCGGACUCAGAUUCCCAGUGGAGGCUCUGCUUCAAACUCUACUGCCUUCUAGAUAUAGAUGCCAUAUCUGUGGACAGCAUUGAGUACCUCUUCCUCUUCGAACAGGUACCAAACGCCAAGGAAAGAGAGACAAAGAGCACAAACAACAUUUGCCAUGAGAUGGUGGUGCGUGGUCAGCUCCCAGCCUGUGAGGAAGACCUUCAGACCUUGGCUGCACUGCGUCUGCAGUCCGUGAUUGGGGACUUCAGCACCCACUCCCCUUGCCCCCCUCUGGACGAGCUGUUCCCUGGCCAUAUGAUCGAGGCCCGGCUCCUGGCGCCACCGCCUGGCCCCCCGCCCGCCCCGCCGGUCGCCCCGGCCCAGGGCUGCCCUCCGUCCGGGCGUUUCCCUGGGGGCCUUCUGGGAGGAGCGCUGUGGGGCCACGCCGCCACCGCGGCCCACAAGCACAAGGUGGAGCAAGACCUGCGCCUCCGCAGCCGGCUGAAGGAGGAGGCGGCGGCCGUAAUGUGCACCAUUGUGGAGCGCUGGAAGGGCCUGGCCGGAUACAGCAGCAGGGACAGCAUGGCCGCCUACCUCACCAUCGCACGCCAGUGGUCCGGCUUCGGCUGCACGCUCUACGAGGUCGACUUCUACAUGAGUUCCACGGGUAGUUUCUCCCAGAAGCUGUGGCUUGGCGUGGCUGCGACCUGCAUCUCUCUGUACAAGCAGGGUGAAGCCGAGGCUUUGGAGUGCUUCCCCUACGGCCAGAUCUGCUCCUACGGCGUCUCCGACAGCAACACCUUCAAAAUAACGGCCGGCGAUCGAGAUCUGCUGUUUGAAACCACCAAGCUCACUGAGAUCAUGCAGCUGAUGAAUGCCUAUUUCAGUGCCACCCGUUGCCAGCGUGGACGCAACCCCGCCGCCGUGGGCCUCGCGGACGGCACCGCCGUGGAGCUGGGCUUCCACCGCCUCCCCAGCGCCCCCACCCUGGUGGAGCUGCCCUCGCACCCCGUGUGAAGAGCCCCAGCCCCCACCUCCCCACGCUCCUCUCCUCCUCAACC